AUGCGCUGCUUUCUGACAGCAUCGCUCGUCGUAGCGAGUCUGACGGGCCAUAUAUAUGGUCACAGACUAGCAGAGUCAUCACCUCUCGACGAAGGUCGAGCAGGUCUUCGUCGCAAGUCCCUUGGUUUUGGGCCAGAGCACCCCCAUGCUGUAUUCAAGACUAACCCCCAUGAUAUCAAUGUCAAUGGUCCUGGCAACUACUUCUCCUCAACCCCACCUAUGCAGGUUGCGCGCAUGUUCUUGCGGGACUACCUUACUCCAAGUCAUGGUAGCCAUGUGAUUCGAGAGGAUUCAUACACCGACAAGAACACUGGCGUCACCCAUGUCUAUGUGAAGCAGUUCGUCAACGGUCUUGAGGUCACCGACGGAGACAUGAACAUCAACAUUAAGGACGGGCAAAUUUUGUCCUACGGAGAUUCAUUCUUCAAAGGGGAUAUUCCUGCUCCAUUCAGCAACCCCGCCGUAAGCGCUCUCCGUGAGCCAAGGCAGGAAGCCUGUGAACAAUUGUUCCAGUCGUACCACACUCUUCUGCGCACCAAUGUCGUAGAUUCAGAACAGGUUAUCAUGGGGCAGAGCCCUGUGUCUGCCGACACGGAAGCUAUUUCUGUUCUGCAACAUAUCCAUGAAAGUAAUUGCGGAAUGUUCGGGCUUCCCGAGUUCACCAACACCGACGAUAUUGCAGACUUCCGCCCAGCUUUGCUCAAGUUUAUGGCCACCGCCACUCCCAACUCCAAAGUGGCUGCUGACAUCAUCAAUCGCUUUGACCACCACAAGGACUCGAUGCUUGUUACGCCUAUCAGUCACUUUGCUCCUUCGGCUGGCCAACACGCCAUCGAGUUCACCGCUGAUAAUGUUCCUGACUCUGUCAAUCCUGUGAAGGCCAAGCUGGCGUAUGUUCAAGUGCCCAACGAAGCCCGUGACGGUACUGAGCUUCACCUUGUGUGGAAGUUCGAAGUUGAAAUGCAGGACAACUGGUACGAGACAGCCGUCUCUGCUACUGCUCCUCAUCAAAUCAUCUCCGUGGUCGACUGGGCGUCCGAUGCUCCGACUCCCAAGCCUCAGCCAGGCGUUGUUCCCGGUGUAUACAAUGUUUUGAAAUGGGGUGUCAAUGAUCCUGAAUGUGGCGAGAGGACACCUGAGACGGAGAACUUUGAUUCUCUGGCUUCCCCUGUUGGCUGGCAUUCCAUUCCUUACGCCAACGACCCAAGUUUCCGAGGUGCGAGGUUGCCAACUAAGGAUUUCUAUAGGAAUACCACCACCACUUGGGGAAAUAACGUCUUCGCGCAAGAGAAUUGGCAAGGACAGAAUUCCUACAUCGACAACUACCGCCCAGAGGCAGGCAAAUCAAAGAAGUUCGACUUCGAAUACGAUCCUCAGGAAACCGAGAAACCUGAUGCAAUGGACGAAGCUCAGAAGUACAUCAACCACACUAUUUCCCAGUUGUUCUAUACCACCAACAUGGUUCAUGAUCUCUACUACCGAUAUGGUUUUGACGAGGUCUCCGGGAACUUCCAACAGUACAACUUUGGUCGUGGUGGUGCACAGAAUGAUGCUGUCAUUGCCAAUGCUCAAGAUGGCUCAGGAUUUAACAACGCCAACUUCAUGACUCCUCCCGAUGGGCAAAAUGGCCGCAUGCGCAUGUACCUCUGGAACACGGCUAUUCCUUACAGAGAUGGCGACCUUGAAGCUGGAAUUGUCAUUCAUGAAUUGAGUCAUGGUUUGAGCACACGUCUGACCGGUGGACCGGCCAACUCUGGAUGUCUCGGCUGGGGUGAGAGCGGUGGUAUGGGUGAAGGUUGGGGCGAUUUCCUUGCCACCAUCAUCCGCAGCAAGAAACUCUAUUCCGACUAUGCUAUGGGUUCGUGGGCCGCUAACCGUGCCAACGGUAUCAGGAACUACCCCUACUCCUUGGAUGAAUCAAUAAACCCUUCUACCUAUAAGACUCUCGAUAAGCCUGGAUACUGGGGUGUGCAUGCUAUUGGUGAAGUUUGGGCGGAAAUUCUUUGGGUUGUUUCGCAGAAACUCAUUGAGAAGCAUGGGUUCACCGAGGAACUCUACCCUCCCUCACCUUCUGACGAUGGUACUGUUCCUCUCGGCGACUUCUACCGUGCAGAUAAGAAGGGGGCACUUGUUCCCAAGCACGGCAAUUCUUUAAUUGUCCAGCUUGUUAUCAACGGUAUGAAGCUACAGACUUGCAGGCCCUCAUUCUUCGAGGCCCGUGAUGCUAUCAUCCAAGCCGACCAGAUCCUCACUGGCGGUGAGAACUUCUGUGAACUUUGGGCCGGAUUUGCUUCUCGUGGCUUAGGACCCGAUGCCAUUGUCCGCGACCGCACUCCUUGGGGAGGAGGAUCCAGGACUAACGGAUACUCCGUACCUCCUGCUUGCGAAGAGUAUCUUAGCAAGUCUGCCUAA